AUGACUGGGACUUCGCGGACGCGCGCGUGGCCUGCCGCGAGGCGGGCUGCGGGCCGGCGCUGGGUGCCACGGGCCUCGGCCCGCCUGAGCGACUGCUUCCACCUGGGCUGGGGCCAGCACAACUGCGGCCACCACGAGGAUGCGGGCGCGCUCUGCUCAGGUGAGGCCGCUUUAGGACCACAGGAGCUAGUCCAGCAGGAUGGUGCUGAGACCACCCAGGUGCCCACUCCUCGGCCCAGGGACGGGCACUUACGUCUGGCGAAUGGAGCCCACCGAUGCGAGGGCCGUGUAGAGCUCUUCCUAGGGCAGCAAUGGGGCACUGUGUGCGAUGAUGCUUGGGACAUGCGGGCAGCCGGCGUCCUGUGUCUCCAGCUGGGCUGUGGCCAGGCCCUGGCAGCCCCUGGUGAGGCCCACUUUGGCCCAGGCCGAGGCCCUAUCCUCCUGGACAAUGUCAAGUGCCGUGGGGACGAGAGUGCCCUGCUGCUCUGCUCUCACAUCCGCUGGGAUGCCCACAACUGUGACCACAGUGAGGAUGCCAGUGUCCUGUGCCAGCCAUCGUGA